CACCGCCCCCGUUCCCUCCCUCCCUCCUUCCUCUCCCUCCCGCCGCCGCAGCCGCACCGAGACACAAAAAGCGGCUGGGGCAGGGCCGGGCAGGGCCGCGCCGCCACCAUGACGGAGACCACCAAGACCCACGUUAUCCUGCUGGCCUGCGGCAGCUUCAACCCCAUCACCAAGGGCCACAUCCAGAUGUUCGAGCGAGCCCGGGACUACCUGCACAAGACUGGACGCUUCAUUGUCAUCGGUGGCAUUGUCUCACCCGUGCACGACUCCUAUGGGAAGACGGGUCUGGUCUCAAGCCGGCACCGCCUGACCAUGUGCCAACUGGCCGUUCAGUCCUCCGACUGGAUCAGGGUGGACCCCUGGGAGUGCUACCAGGACACCUGGCAGACCACCUGCAGCGUGCUGGAGCACCACCGGGACCUGAUGAAGAGAGUGACCGGCUGCAUCCUCUCCAAUGUCAAUACCCCCUCCAUCACCCCUGUGAUCGGCCAGCCGCAGAAUGAGUCCUCGCAGACCAUCUACCAAAACAACAACAACGUCUCCAACAAGCCCACCGCAGCAAAAAUUCUGGGGAAGGUGGGAGAAAGCCUGAGCCGGAUUUGCUGCGUUCGUCCGCCGAUGGAGCGCUUCACCUUUGUGGAUGAGAACGCCAACUUGGGGACGGUGAUGAGGUACGAGGAGAUCGAGCUUCGCAUCUUACUGCUCUGUGGCAGCGACCUGCUGGAGUCCUUCUGCAUCCCUGGUCUCUGGAACGAGGCAGAUAUGGAGGUGAUCGUGGGGGAGUUCGGGAUCGUGGUGGUGCCCCGAGAUGGAGCAGACCCUGACCGGAUCAUGAACCACUCCUCCAUACUCCGCAAGUACAAAAACAACAUCCUGGUGGUGAAGGAUGACUCAAACCACCCCAUGUCAGUCGUCAGCUCCACCAAAAGCAGACUGGCCCUGCAGCAUGGGGACGGACACGUCGUGGAUUACCUCUGUCAGCCCGUCAUCGACUACAUCCUCAAGAGCCAGCUCUACAUCAACGCCUCCGGCUAAGCGCCAGAGGCCUUGCAGCGAGACAGCCCUCAUGUCCCACCUGCCCACAGCUCUUCAUCACUCUUGUUUCUCUCUCUCUCAAUCCAUGUCUUCAUCUCUCUCCCCACCCCAUGGCCUCCUGACCGCAUCUGCCUCUCACUCCCAGCGCCAACGCUCCAUUGUUCAGCAAUGUCCAGGGAACCAUGGCAUGGCCCUGAGAGGAAUGGUUUGGUCUCUUUUUUUCAGGGAAUCGCCCUCCCCCUCAUACAUGGGGAAGGAGGGGAACCAGUAAAAGAGUGAUAUGCUUGGUGCACUCGAGGUGGGGCAGCUCCAGCACCCCCUUCCAGCACGACACUGGGAAAUGGUCCCCUUGGUCCAUCCUCCCAGCAUGCUCAGAGCAGAGCGUUCGUCUUUCGUGUCAUCUUAUGAUACUUAAGCUCAAUAAAUCUAGGUGGACUUCUUUUUUCUUACAUAGUUUUAGCGUGAGCCCUGUGGCAACAAUGGUCAAAUGAAUCCUUGUUGGCAGCGGGCAGUUGUAACCAACUGGCGUGGUGUCCCACAGCAGGUGGACCUUCUCAGGCCAGCAGUAGGACAAACCAGCUAACAAAAUCCUCCCACGAAAAGGGCAUUUCUGAAGGGGAGCAGAGGCCUUGGCAAGCACCAUUGCCUAAGCACUACUGAGGGGAAGGUCAUGUCUCACCUUUCCUUGGCUGCAAGUGAACCCAACCCAUUCCCUAGGCAAGUGGAGCUGCGGUGAUGCUCUACUCUGAUCCAGUGUUGGAGGGGUCAGCCCAGAGCACCUAGAAACGGGCCUGCCCUUUAUGUUGCCAGGAAACAAGGGAGGAAGAAGUAGGUGGUGACCCAAAGCCUUUGGUGAGAAUUUGCCCCAAAUCUGGCUGAGCUUUGUGGGUGCUGGGUCUAUCCCCAUCCUCUGGCCUCCAGAUCUCUAUUUCUGUCUGGAAACUUCCCCCUUCUACCUUCACUCCUCCCCUCUUCCUCUCUUUGAAGAGUUUAUUAAAGGCACGAUACCUUCCCCCUUCCAAACAGGCUGUGGCUACUUCACACAUCCCUUGGGAGAAGCCAGGCUCCUGCUUUCCCACCCAUGACAUGCCCCCAGAUGCCAGGGAAGGAGCCUAGUGGAGAUGCUGGCAUUAAAACCAGGACAGGUUACAUGAACCAGAAGAAUAUUUAAAUCUUGUGGACAGGAAGGUUGCUGAAGCAUUGCAUUGUCCUGCUGAGCAUCCUUAGGGUGCAAGUGCCCUGCACAGCCCCUAGAAAAGGUCACAGCCGCAAGGGGGAAGGUACAGACCUGCUCUGCUCCUCACCUUUUCCUCUCCCUUUGCUCCGCCUAACCUUUUAGCCCUUCUGCCUGUAGCUCCUGGACAUCUGCUUGCUUGCCACAAAUCUGGGCUAACUAGGCUCAGGCUAGAACCCCCCACCAAGGCGCAACUUCUGUCCAUGCUGGCUUUGUGGCUUUCCUAGGUCAGCGCAGUGAUGAACUGCUGGUCCCCCAGUUUGGGCUGCUCACCAACACCCUACUGACCCCCUUAGCUAACACACAGGGCAGAUGCCUGUGGUGGGACAUAUCCAUGAAACACCUAAAGUAGGUAAGCAGGUAGCUGGACUCCAUCCACCGUUCUUGUGCGUUCCAUUUUUCAGUCUCUCCUCCCCCUCUACUCUGCACAGAAGUUAUUUCAGACAGCAGCUGCUUCUCCUUGCCAGACAUAGAAUCAAAAUCAUGGAAUCUUUUGCGUUGGAAGGGACCUCCAAAGCUCUUCUAGUCCAAGCCCUUGCCAUGGGGACAUCUUUACCCAGAUCAGGUUGCUCAGAGCCCUGUCCAGCCUGGCCUGGGAUGUCUCCGGGGAUGGUUCAUCCACCACCUCUCUGGGCAACCUGGGACAGGGUCUCAACACCCUCAGCGUAAAAAAUUUCUUCCUCAUGUCUAGCCUAAAUUUCUCCUAACUCCUAUGUUUCUUAGGUCCCAGCCAGAGGAGAAAAAGCUGUGAUAGCAACCAGCCUCCAAAACAUACACACACAGAGAGGGAAUUUAACCUCCUCGGGGAGUAACUCCUCCUUGGAGUGGGUGGAAGGACAGUGGGUUUGAACUGAGGAAAAGACAAGAGGAAAUAAAACAAAGGAGAUGGAGAAGGGGUGCAUCCCAAAGCCAUCUCAGAUCCUUCCUCCUUCCCUCAGGAAUGUGAGGUGGGAUGCACAGGGAGCCAGCCGGUGUCCCACCCCACCGCGGUUAGGACAGCGCACCUUAGAGAUGUAGCCUUGUGGUAGGGAUGAUGAGUAUAUUUGGUCUUACCUGCGCCUUUGUGUAUCUGCUCACAGUAAAGGUCACAGUAUGGGGGGGUGGGUGGUAACAGGUCGGGGGGUUUGUAACAGGUCAUUCAGCUCUGGGACUGGUUUGAUAUGCAAAACAAAAAGAGUAAUUCCUGAAGAUCCAUGUGACCACUGGGGAGGUGAGGACCAGGCUUUCCAGGGCGCAGGGAGUGGGGGGGGAAGAUGUUUGUGGGUUUUGGUCUUCGAACCUCCACUUUUAAACAGUGCAAUUUGCUGAAAAGAGAAAUGAACUUCAAACGCUUUUGGGUAAAAAAAAAAUAAUACAUGUGGGGAGGGAAAGGGGUUGAAGUUGCCAUGCCACCGAUUUCACCUUUGUCAAAAGUUUUGGAGACUAAUUUUUUUUUUCUUCUGUUGCUAUAUGGAAAAAAUGGUCAUUGACAAAAAAAGAAAAAAAAACUUUAUCAGCAAAAUGUUUAAAUUAUGUAAUAAACAAAACAAAAGAGAAGAAA